AUGGGGAAAGGGCGCAUGAAGGAGGUAGAAACUUGGCACUCCUUUAUGGAGACGCUGACUCUGCAUCCUGUGAAGAAGGAGAUUGUGCAAGCUGACUUGAAUCCCGAGACUGCAGCGCGUAGCUCCAAGCUGUUCUACUACUUGACGCAGUCCCUCGCCAAGUGGGAGCGGGGAAGCGAGCUCUUGAGGUCCUGCUCGAGGAGGCAGGGGCAGAGCGCCUGCGGCUACGAGGUGAUUAGAACGAUUACCUCUCAGUACUCCAUCGUGUCGCGGAUGGAAGCUGUCUUCGUGAGAGAACAGGCUUUGAAGUUGUACCAGCACGUUGGGCAUCUGAAGAGGCCCACCGACUUGAUUCGACAUCUUGAGGAUUCGUUUUCGAAGACUGAAGCGAAGCUGAGCAACUUUCCGGAGCUUCAGCUGUCUGAGGCUGACCGCUGCUCUGUCCUUUUGCAGAGCUUGGGUGCAGAAGUGCGUCAGUACGUGGUACUGCACGGGUCCAGCUCGAACUGGGAAGCUUUUCGAAGGACGCUGACUUACUACGAGGAGCAGCUGCGACUGUGUGAGGCCCCUGGGUCUUCGGGCCGAGCCUUGCAGGAGAAGCUUUGCGACUACUGCGGGAAGAAGGGCAGAAGGGACACACAGCCGACAAGUGUUGGCAGCGCCAAAAGGAAGAACGUGAACGCGGUGGUGCUCCGAAGGGCAAAGGGAAAGGAGACAAAGGAAAGCCGAAAGGCAAAGGCGACCAGACUCCCAAGGGAUCUGGCACGCCUCCCGGAGUCCGAGGCCGAGUCGGGAGGAAGCGCAACAGUGAUGGCGAUGAGGUUUUCCUGUCCUGGGCGUGGUUCUUCGGAGCCCUCUUCUGCGGAACGCCGUGUUCUGAGCCAGCCUGAGAGACCUGAGCCGUCCGCCCUUGUAGUUCCGAAGCCGGGUUCAGGACCCGAAGGGUCGCCUGGGUCUGAGAGUCGAGGUUCUGAGUCUAUGGGCUCCUUAGGAUCCCGUGUGUUGAAGCACGGCGACGUAGCUCAUGUCUGCAAGGCCCUCGAGACUACUCCUGGGGACCUGUGGCUAGUCGAUAGUGGAGCCACCUGCCACAUUGUUUCAGACAAACAUCUCUCAGGAUUUCGUGUUGUCAAGAAGUACGACCGAACGGCCAAUCUGUUCAACGCCUCGGGUGGUGCGAUCGUCGUUUCGGGGGUUGUCGACCUUGAGGUUCAUUUUGGAGAUGUUUUCCUGAGGUUGGAAGAGGUCUUGGUGGCGGAUGUUGGGUUCAACGUUGUUUCGCCUUGGACCGGGUCGGAACGGGGCUGGAAAACCUAUCUAGCCAAAUCGGGAUCACGAUUGUACAAAGGAAACGGAAAGAAGAGCAUCAAGCUGAUGGGCGCUUCGCGCGCCUGGUGGGCUCUGAGCGGGAGGUCCAAGGGCCGGGGGAAAGAGAAUUCUUCCAGACGCCCCCCGAAAGGGAUCGAGGAUAUGGAGAUAGAUGCCUUGAAGGACCGCGACCUGCUAGGAUCGAGCAAGGAGUCCACCGCAGGACCCCAGAAGCCUGGAGAAGGAAUCCUGAAGAAAGGAAGAAAGACUUCGGAAGAAGACGAGUCUGGCCGCCACGCUUUGGCUGCCACUCCUUUUGGGUUUCUGCUUCGGGGUCUUAGGGCGGAAGUUGCUCCAAGAGCGCCUGCACCACGGGAGAUUGAGCUUUGUGAUUUUCUAGAAGAGUCUAGUGACUUUAGGCAGUGCACGGCGCUUGAUGUUAGGAAACAGUUGCAUGCUGGCAUGUCGCUUGAUUUUAGGAAACAGUCGCAUGUUGGCAUGGCUCUUGAUUUUAGGAAACAGUCGCAUGUUGGCAUGGUGCUUUGCAUGUUUUUGGCAUGUUUUUCCAUGGUUUUGCGAUGGCAUGUUUUCAUGAUGGACAUGGUUGUGCAAGCGCAGUGGGUUUUUGCUGCUGUGCUCAAGCGGGCUUUUACCCUUACGGUUUUUGCAGAAAGACUCGGCAUACGCCUCUUUUUCCUGCUAUGGGAAACUAUCUGGGCGGAUCAAAGCCAGAAUGCGAGUGCCGGUGCGAAGUGUGCGGAAAGCAGGUCUGCGUCAGACGCAAACCUGCGCACACCCAUCAUUAUUGCUGGGCCUGUAUCCAACACUGGUCGGGGGUGCAAUGGCUACGUGCCCACGACGAAGUUCCAGAUUCGCAGUAUGCUGAGAGCGAUGCUGAUGGUAGCAUUGCAGCUGGUUGGGUCUUGCUUGAUGGCAAGUGAGGAAGACAGACCCUUCAGCCACAAGAGGGUAGAAAAAGGGUUGCGAAAGCAGUUGCCUGAGCUUAGGAAGCAGCGGCAUGAGCCUAGGAAGCAGAUGCGUGAGCCUAGGAAGCAACUGCGUGAGUCUAGGAAACAGCUGCGUGAACCUAGGAAACAGUGGCAUGUUGGCAUGCUUGGCUUGAUUUUGCAAACGCUGAUGUUGCCGAAUCCGUUUUUCUCUUUGGUGAAGAGAGGUCUCCCUUUGGAGAUCAUAAUGGACGGUGCCAGCGGGGACAAGUUUACCCCGAGUGUUGCUUUGAGCAGCCCAGGCUCUCCUGGGAAACCGCCUACUCCACCGGCUUUGGAGAGCCCCUCUUUCGAACUACCGGGGGUCGAGCCGCCGGGUGGGGGACCAUCGUCGCCGGUGGCGGUCUACCCGUCGCCAGUGGUGACGGAAGCAGCGGAGAGCUCUGCAGACGGCCCUUCGCAGGCAGAUGCUGCUGGAAGCCCUGUGGAGGAGAAUGCUGCGAGGAGUCCGCCGAAGGCGGAUAUUGCAGAGAGCCCUUUGUUCUCAGAGAGCGAAGGGGAGGAGAGUUGGGGCACCCAGUGGCCGAAUCCUUCGAAGCGCCUGCGCGCUGGGGUUCCUUCAAAGGUCGAGGGGCCUACGCCACCGCGGGUUGGAAUCCCGGCGAAUAUCUCGCCGGGCUCGCUGAGCCCUCCGUUUGGUGCUGUUCAGGUGGAUGUGGGAACCCAACUCCUCCUGAGAGCGUUGAGGCUGGAGGCUGGCCGCAGAUGGGAGCAUGCGGAAACACUGGGCCUUGCAAAGGUCUCGGUCGACUCUACCGAGCCUAUUCCGUUGCUCUCGCACUUGGCGGGGAUUCCAGCGAACAUGAACGAUGCCUACGAUGCCCCAUCCCUGGCAUUUUGUGCGCCAGGCCACGCCUUGAGAGCACUUUGCUCUCCGACGGCGACGAUGCUUGGUCCGAUAGGCCUGCCCGACCUAGAGCAUCCAGCUGCUUGGCUACCAGCCACUCCAGUGAUUCCUGUGACAGCGGCCUAUCCAGAGGAGCCAGUGAGGGUUUCGAGGCCGAAGAUGGUGGAAUCGGAAGCCCAAUGUAUCAUUGGGCAGCAGGAAUGGGAGGUUUGGUUGGGACGUUGCCUAGAGGGCAAGAGCCUAGCAGAGUACGGGAUUCAUAUGGAAGACGUGGAGUUCGCUGUCAGGGUUACCGAACUUCUGGAGGCUCCACGGGCCGCUCGGGCAGUGUGGAAACGAAGGUUCCAGGAACCCAACCCUGUGUCAAUGUUACACUAUAUCUUCCAUUGUCGAGCUGUACUGCAAACCUAUUUGGCUACGCCUGCUGGAUACAGGGGACUGGUGGGAGCGCGGGCGAGUCUGCUCGUAAAGGUGCCCCAGUCUGUCACCUCGCUCGAGCUCAAAACGGCUUGGGCAUACCUAGAUUCGGGCAUAUAUCUCCGUGUUGCCCGAUAUUACAGGCGAAAACGAGAGGAGGAGCGCCUCCACGAGGCCCGGGAAUCCAUGCGAGCGGCAAGGGCCAAAUCGGCAGCGAUCCCUCAGGGCGGUGUUGUGGACACCACCUCUUCGAGCUCCGACGAGGAGUCCUUGCUCCUUGGAGAAGGAGAAGUUACGGCGCUGAACAGGGCCCAGGGCCAAGAAGAUUUAUCCGACAUCGCCAUAUGGCGCACGUUGGAAGAACUUACAGGCCAGAGGCUGUCCCAAUUGGAUGGCUUCGUUGGGGCCGACGAGGGAAAUCAGCCCGCCGAGGCGGGACAGCCGGCACCGCCGAGCCCGGCUUCCUCGAUGCCACCUGGAGAACUGGGUCUCAGCACCUACGCUUCCGGAGAGGAUGCAGAGUAUCAAAGACACGGCGUGAACAUCCCGCCGUCGGUUCCAAAAAGAUCUCGGCUACCAACGCCUCCGAGAGCUAUGAGUGCUUCUGCCACAGGACAGACUGCCCAGGAACGGGCAUUUGUGCUCAGCCCGCCAUCUUUAAGCCACAGUCAAGUGACUGCGCAGGUGAGGCAAGCCCUCGAAGAGGGCCAGAGGUUUUUGGAGAAUGGUUUCACGCCAGGACUGGAUCUUGGUAUCAUCGUGCUCCUCCUGACGGUCUACAGAGGAAGCUGCAGAGAGAACCAGACCAUAGGUCUUGAUUUCUUCUAUUUCGGAAAACUGAGGGUACUCUUGAUGAUGCACCUCGGUUCUAAGUAUACUGUCUCUCUUCCUGCGAUGCACCUCGAUGACCCUGACCUGCUCCACAACAUCAACCGUGUGAUUCGCGAAAUGGGAUUAGUCGGUAAAGCGGUUACAUUUCGGAUGGACCAAGAAGCGGCUCUUGGAGCCCUUGCCGAGAAACUCACUAAGUGCGAUAGCAGCCCUGCCAGCGCAACUUUGAUUGACGUGGUUCCGGGCUACAGGCCCCAGUCGAAGGGAUCGAUUGAGCGGCAGGUUGAAACUAUGAAGCAGGGUUUCUGGUCUGUUUGGUUGGACCUGGAGAAAGAGGUUGCUAAGGUGAAGCAGGAAACGGAAGCCGUUGAGCUUGGGAAGUAUCAGUUACCUUUGGGAGGUUUGCUUUGGCAAGCCUGUGUUUUCUAUGUUGCUAGGUGCUAUAACCUCUGGUGUACUAGCGUCGGGGAUUCGAGCACUAGCAUAGAUCGACUGCAUGAGGAGAUUGUGAACCGAACUCGGACGAGACCGUUCGGGUGUCUGGUUCAAGCUCAGGUCAGUAAGUCCAAGGCGCACCAUGAUAAGUUCAGGGGCGCCCGGACCGUGAAAGCGGUUUAUCUGGGACCGGUGCACGCCAAAGGUGGCGGCAUCUUUGCCGUCCCUGUCGGAAGCAGGGAAAUAGAUAUAUUCCCCGUCGCCAGAAUGAUUCAGGGAGGUGACAUCUACGAUGCCAAGACCCUGGAAGAGCUAUCUUUAGCUAAGCCUCUUCUGCAGGACACUGAGGACCCCGAGAGGCCCAUACUGUUUGAUCCGUUGGAGGCUCCUGGUGAUGAUGCUCCUGAUGAGGGGGCUGGUGUGGGAAUGGAUGAAGAUGGUGAUGAAGAGAUGAUUGAAAAUGAGCUUGCUGACUAUUCUCCGUCGGAAGCGCCUGAGAACCAGGAGGUUGUGAACGAUGAGGGGGAUAUGGAAAUAGACUGGCUCACGAAUCACUAUCUUGAGUCCCUGUUUCGAGGGUCUGACCUGCGAGCCACCUCCACUGCAGUUGCAAAGUCGUUUGAUUUGAAGUUUGGGGGUACGAAGAUAAGGUGUGCUGUUCCUCAGAACGCUGUGUCUGAGACUUCGGGAGAGAAGCUAGAACCCGAUCUUCUUUACGCAUCAAUGAAGCUUGAGUUGGAAGAGUUGGAAUCCUUCAAGGUUGGGGAAGUGAUCCCUGAGCGCGAAGCUCGCCGUCUUGCUAAGGAAAACGGCAGGCGAGUUUUGACUAGCAGGUGGGUCAACACGGUCAAGAAGAAGGGACUGUAUAGAUCUAGGCUAGUCGUGCGGGAUUAUGCCUCUAUGGGAGGUACCACCUUGAGUGAGGGAAUCUACUCUCCUACUGCUUCAUUGGAAGGUCUGAGAUUGCUUCUGUCAAUGCUCUGCCGACGUGGCAGUGUGUUGUCCUGCGAUGUCUCGGUAGCGUUCAUGCAUGCUCCCGUAGCGAGGGCAGAAUUCGUAGAGUUGCCGAAUAAUGUGAGCACCCAGGGGACUGGGGAACGAGUUUUCGUCAAAUUGCGUAAAGCGAUGAACGGAUUGCGCUCUGCUCCAUUAUCUUGGUAUUGCGAGUUGGCUGAAUACUUGCGCUCUCAGAACUUCGAAGCAAGUUUGGACCCAACUAUAUUCCGUCGUCUUACUAGGAAGGGUUUGACGAUUGUGUUGUUUUAUGUGGAUGACUUGCUGAUCUAUAGUGAAGAUGAAGCUGAGGGGCGCCGGUUCUAUGAGGAGUUGCGUAAGAGAUACAAAAUGAAACUUACGGGCGAGUUGAUUCAAGAUUGCCCCGGGGAAGUUUCGUUUCUCGGUCGGCGGAUCUUUCGCCGUGAGAAAGGGGAACGUACGGUUUUUUUCGGGCUAGACGAACAGUACCUGAGUUCCUGUUGCGAGGAGUACGGAAUCACCAAACCUGCACCAAAGCUCCCUUCCCUUGAACGCCGCUAUGCUGAGUUGCUGAAGAAAGGCCAGACUGAGCUGAUCAGUCCAGCCGCUCACGAAAGGUACAGAAGGACUCUGGGCUGUUUGGCCUGGGCGGCUCUGUCACGACCAGACCUGCAGUUUGUGUGUGGGUUUCUGGGCCGCCACCAAGCAGCUCCUGACGAGGCUGCCGAGACCUGUAUGAGGGAUGUCCUUCGUUGGGUCAAGGGUCUUCCGCACAAGGUCCAGAGGUUUCCUAGCAAAAGGGAGAUCUUGGAAGAUGAUGCGGACCCUGCCUCUGUAUCUUGUUUUACGGACGCGAGCUGGAGUCUGAAUUCGGUAAGUGGCGGGAUCAUUACGUGGGAGAACUGUUCCCUGAAAAGCUUCAGCAGGAAACAAACGACUACCGCACUCUCCAGUGCGGAAGCAGAACUCGCUGCACUCACAGAGGUUGCUCGUGAAGGGUUGUACAUUGCUUUGCUUGUGGAGACCAUCCGCGAGGGUAUGCCGAAAGACAGGGAAACCGGUUAUUAUGUUCUUAAGGGAUAUUCUGAUUCCGAAUCGGCGGUUUGUGUAUCGAAGAUGCAGACCCUCCUGAGGAAAGUGAGGCACAUCGAACUGCGUGCCGCAUUCCUUCAGGAGCUGGUGGCCAGGGGUCGUUUUACUAUAGAACACAUACCGGGAGUGAUAAACCCUGCGGACGCCCUCACGAAGAGUCCCACCAACGAAAGUUUGGCUAGUUUGUACGAUGCCUCUGGCCUUGUGGAUGAACCGAAGGCCUGGGAGAGUGAGCCUACUGAGGUGCACGUGUCUUUUGAAGAGCCCAAUGAAAACGAACGUUUUACUCCGUCUGUUCCGCCUUCCUGGAAAGCCGCUGCUUUGAAGCUAGCUCGUGGUGAAGCUAAGUACGUAGUGGUUGAACUGUGUUGUGAAGAAGGAAGUGCGUUGUCCAAAGCCUGCUCGAAGGUCCCCGAGAUCGCCUACUUUGGGGUGACUAAGGAAGUUGAUCUUCUGAGCUAUAAUGGCUUGCACCUGAGGUUUAAGAAGGGAGGAAAGGCCCUGGAGAAGUGGAGAGCGGCUCUGGCCGUUCACAAGAGGUCCUGGAAAAGGAUCGAGAAGCUGUUGGAGCCUUACGUGGGUGCCGACGUGGCCAGCCUUGAGGCCUGCAUUCUAGAGCUCUCAAACAGGACGGCAGCAGAAGCACAAGGAAGUGCAAAGAGAGCUGGCUGUAUGCUGAUCGCAUUUCAGCCCACCCGUGUUGUGCAGUUUGUGGUGCAGCGUGGCCUCGACAGGCCGCCCAGGCAGAGUAAGGAGCGAAAGCCCGGCAAGGCGGCACUCGCUUUGCACACAGUGUGGGAGAAGUUGACUCCCGAAGCCCGACUGGCGAUCGAAGAAGCUGGGUGGAGGCCUCCAUCCGCGGCAGCGGUUGUCCCGCCUCCGGGUCUCGGCGAUUUUGAUGUUGACAUGGAUGCAUCUGAGGCCUGCGAGGCUAAGCAGAAGCUGUGGUCUGAAGCCACGGAGCAGCAGAAAGAGCUCAUGCUCAAGGCAGGCCUCAAGCCGCCGGAGCAAACUCCGGCUCCCACCUCUUAUGAAGUUGGAACCGCAGCAAAUGCAGCUUUUCGUAAGGCCACGGUUGCACUGAAAUUGCUUGGAGACAAGAAGAUUAGCUUGCAGAAGCGUAUCGACCAAGCUAAGGAGCAAUACAACGCAAGACUGACCGAGAUGAAACAGUUGCAGACCAAAAUUGAAGAGGCGCAGCAACAGGUUGCAGAUGCGGGCGAGGAGCUUACCACCAAAGUCCUGGCCCAAGAUGAAUCUUUGAACGGCGAAAUUGCGCAGUUUCUUGAGAAGUUUGGGAUUUCCUUGACUGAAGAGCAGGAAGCAAAGAUUGCCGCAGUGCGUGCCGGCACACAUGGAACCCCUGACAGCCAGGCUUUUGACCUUAAGGCCGCAGCACCCAACACGCAAGAGGUGCCCAAGAAAUCUGAGCCAGCGCAGAACGGACAGCGUGGCACCAGAUCCAGGUCGCCAAGAAAGACGCAAGAGGCUGCCGCUGAGAAGGAGGCCUACAUGUAUCAGAGCAUUCUCGUAUGGGCCUUCCACGAAUCGGAAAGCCCCUGCAUCCAGACGGGUCGCAAGCUGGCCAUGAAUUUUCAUUUCCGCGUUGCUGUGCGCCCUGCAGGCUGCACUCAGGCUGACCAGGUGCUUGUGCAUUCAACUUGGUCGGGCAGUGCUCUCGCUCAGUCUGGUGAUCCAGGGGUUUCGGCCCUUUGGGCCAGCUUGCUGCAAGGGCUGGAGCAUAUGUGUCAUGUACAAGUGCUUCAAGCUGUGGAGGCCCUAGAGGCGGGCCAAUAUAUUCUUGAAGAUACCUUUCCCUGGUUUGCUGCUGAGCUUGCUGUUGAAGCCGGUGAUGAUGUUCCUUGGCACGUUGCAGCCUCGGCUAUCAGGGAUGUCAUCGCAAAUCUUGAAUCCAAUGCCGACGGAAAGAAAUUGCUGUUAGUCAGCUCCAAUGUCACCAAGUGGCGCAAGUCCUUAGCAACCUUUCUUGCGGGGAUCAGGCCAGACCUCUGGCUGGUACAGGAAACACACAUUAAGGAGGAGCAAGGGGAUUUGCUGGCCACUCAUGUUGGGGCCUUUGGCUAUCAGGCCUUCAGCUUGCCAGGUGUUGGUUUUCAGUCUGUUGUUCUGCGCAUCCGGGGUGUUGAUAUCUUCCUCGUCAAUGUUUACUUGAAGACAGGGGAGGGCGACUUCAACGAAGACAUCAGUGUUCUGGUGACCACCAGUUUGGCGCAGGUUGCUCUGGCCCUCAGCCUGAUCUGGAGUCUGCCUGUGCCGGGCACUGGGGUCGAGGCUGCCUGCCCAAAUUUCGCCGUGACAAACUCCUGUGCUACGCCCUCGGCUUUUCCAGAGUUGAUUCAGGUAUCGGAGCAACAAUUUCGUCACCAUUCCAAAUUGUGGAUGCAGAAGCAGAGCGCAAGCUACGGUAAGUGGCUAAAGCAGGCUUCGUGUAAAGGCUUGCGUGGCCUCUUUACCAGUGUUAAAGCGGAUGAAGCUGUCCAGCUUCGCCCUUUCUUGCACCAGCCUGUGCAGGAGCGCAUCUACCUUAGGUGGAGGCAGUGGUUUGAGCUUUGGUCCGCGCCGGGUGGGGUCGACCCGGCGCUCCUCAGUGAUCUCAGGCAACGUGCCCGAAUGCAGGCCAAGGAGCUUGGGCCGAUUCCCCUAGAUCAGGCGGUUGCGGCGUUCAAGCGAGUGCCCAGCAAGGCACCAGGUCUAGACGGGUGGACAUUUGAGAUGUUAAAAAAUUUGCAGCGACCGGCUGUUGCAUCCAUCAUUUCAUUUCUUCACCACUGUGAAACUGAGGCCACUUGGCCUGCCCAGAUGGUGUUUGCACUUAUAGCCCUCCUCCCAAAAAGCGAGAAGCGGGAGAGACCAAUAGCACUUUUGCACGUGCUUUACCGCACUUGGGUGCGCAUGAGGUGGAAAUUGGUCUCCGAUUGGCAAUUCCAGUACUGUAAAGCCGCGGUCUGGGAUAAGGCAAUGCCUGGGAGUCAAGUGCUGGACGUCGCUUUGGGACGCUUACUUAGAGGCGAGGCGGCUAGACAGUCCGGUCAGCACUUAGUUACAAUUUUCAUUGAUAUGGAGACUUUCUAUGAUAGAUGCCGUUUUAAUGAUGUCAUUUCUUCUGGCCUUUCUUUGGGGUACCCUCCCCUGGUAUUGCACCAGGCCCUUCUUACUUACAUGGGCCCGCGUUUUCUUCAAUCUGAAGGGUCUUUGUGCCCGGCCAUUACUCCCACGAAGGGGGUCCUGGCUGGGUGCCCGGCCGCCCCGUCUAUCAGCAAACUUGUUGUGCACCCCAUUGCAGUUGCGGCCACUUCCAAGCGUGCGACAUCCAAUUUGGACGUAUGGAUAGAUGAUCUGUCCCUUGACUGUGUCGGUGCCUCGGCCAAGCAGAUUGCCUCAGACGCUGUGCUGCUUUUUCGCAGCCUGCGUACCAGCAUCGAGGCAACUGGUGCCCGUGACCACCGCGCGGCAUGUGUUGCUUGGGCCAUUGCGGCAUAUGAGCUUGCACCG